AUGCCAGAUUCACCAAAUGCUCAUUCAGACGGUAGUGAUUCUGAUAACUCUGAUGAUGCUCUAGGAAUAACUAAAGUUGCGGAAGAUUUUGAACACGUUGUUGAACGAAUAUCUUCCAGAGUUCAAGAGCUUGCAGCUCUAGCUCUUCAAAGCGCUCAAGACCAACAAACCCAAGUUUUCACCGCUACAGGUUCUUCUUCUUCCUCUUCUUCUUCUUCUUCUUCUUCUUCUUCUUCUUCUUCCUCAGGUGUUGCGGCUACUGCAGACUCGGAAAUUGCUAUUCUUUCUGCCUUUUUACGUCAGUGCGAUGAACUCGAUCUUGAUCUACAGAAAAUUUCCCAAAUUGCACAGAUUGUCUCGGAUUUCCGUGCUCGCAUUGAACGUGCGGAAGCCUUUAUGGAUGCAAAAACAAUCCGACGCCGGUGA